AUGAUGAGAGAUUGGUCAACAUUCUAUGAAUUACAUAAACAAGACAGUAUUGUCAGUGCAUCACUAACUGAAGACGGUUUAAUUACACGAACUUGGCAAAGUGUUGAUUGUAAUAAGAAUACUUUAAAGAUCAAGGAGAUUAAAUCUGUUGAUUUUGUUUGUAAACUUGUGAGAUUAAUCGAUAUAUUUAAUAUUAUUGUGAAAACAUCAAUACUUGUACAACAUAAUAGAUCGAGAAAGAAAAACGAAGACGAAGACGAAAUGGAAGAUCCAACGGAAUUUAAUUUGUUACACGAUGAUCAUUUAAUGAAAUCCAAUGGAAAAAUUCCAAAAGCAAGUCGUUAUCCAACUCUUUUUCUACUAAUCAUUGGUGGUCUUGGUCUCCUUUGUUUAAUUUCUGCUGUAAUCUUAACAAUAAUUGGUUCUCUUGGUCUUCGUGAUUACGGUUUUGCCAAUAAUCCACUCAUCGCUGGAAUUAUUCUUUUUGGAAUUGGAGGUGCUUUUAGUAUUGUCGCUUGUAUCUCUGCUGGUUUGAAAAAAUAA